AUGAAUAGGAUCUUUCACCCUUACUUGGAUAGAUUUGUAGUGGUCUUCAUAGAUGAUAUCCUAGUGUAUUCCAAGACUAGGGAAGAGCAUGUUGAGCACCUUAGGAUCGUUCUUCAAACCCUUAAGGAGAAACAGUUGUAUGCUAAAUUGUCAAAAUGUGAAUUUUGGUUGGAUAGUGUGAACUUUCUAGGACAUGUGAUAUCCAAGGGUGGAAUAGCUGUAGAUCCUGCUAAGGUAGAAGUUGUGUUAGAGUGGAGUACACCUAAAUCAGUAUUUGAGAUUAGGAGCUUCUUAGGACUAGCUGGUUAUUACAGAAGGUUCAUAGAGAAUUUCUCUAGGCUAGCUCUUCCUUUGACUAAGCUGACAAAGAAGGACCAACCUUUUGUAUGGGAUUCUAGGUGUGAGGAAAGCUUUCAAGAGCUUAAGAGGAGAUUAACUAGUGCCCCUGUGUUAGUGUUACCUGAUCCUAGUAAGACCUUUGAGGUAUUUUGUGAUGCUUCUAAAUUGGGUUUAGGAGGAGUGCUUAUGUAG